UCCAUUUCACACGCUAAUCAAUCAAUUAUUGCCAAACAACUCUGAAAAAACAAAACCCUAAAAAUGAGAGAAAUUCUCCAUAUUCAAGGUGGCCAAUGCGGAAACCAGAUCGGAGCCAAAUUUUGGGAGGUCGUGUGCGCCGAGCACGGGAUAGACUCGACGGGUCGGUAUCAUGGCGAUACGGAUAUUCAGUUGGAGCGGGUCAAUGUGUACUACAACGAAGCGAGUUGCGGUAGGUUUGUGCCGCGUGCGGUUUUGAUGGAUUUGGAACCGGGUACGAUGGAUAGUUUGAGAUCCGGUCCGUAUGGGCAGAUCUUUAGACCCGAUAAUUUUGUGUUUGGACAAUCCGGUGCGGGUAAUAAUUGGGCGAAGGGGCAUUAUACUGAAGGUGCUGAGUUGAUUGAUUCUGUUCUUGAUGUUGUUCGUAAAGAAGCUGAGAAUUGCGACUGCUUGCAAGGUUUUCAGGUAUGUCAUUCGUUGGGAGGAGGAACUGGGUCCGGAAUGGGGACGCUGUUGAUAUCGAAGAUAAGGGAAGAGUAUCCAGACAGAAUGAUGCUUACAUUCUCCGUUUUUCCAUCACCUAAAGUGUCGGAUACUGUUGUUGAGCCGUACAAUGCUACUCUAUCUGUUCAUCAGCUUGUUGAGAAUGCUGACGAGUGUAUGGUUCUUGAUAAUGAGGCUCUUUAUGAUAUAUGUUUCCGUACUCUUAAGCUCACCACUCCUAGUUUUGGGGACUUGAAUCACCUGAUUUCUGCUACCAUGAGUGGUGUCACAUGUUGUCUUCGUUUCCCUGGUCAGCUCAACUCAGACCUUCGCAAACUUGCUGUGAACCUCAUUCCAUUCCCUAGGCUUCACUUUUUCAUGGUUGGCUUUGCACCUCUCACAUCCCGUGGUUCUCAGCAAUACUCUGCCCUCACCGUACCGGAGCUGAGCCAACAGAUGUGGGAUGCCAAGAACAUGAUGUGCGCAGCUGAUCCUCGCCAUGGCAGAUAUCUCACAGCAUCAGCAGUGUUCCGCGGAAAAAUGAGCACAAAGGAAGUUGAUGAGCAGAUGAUCAAUGUCCAAAACAAGAACUCAUCCUACUUUGUUGAAUGGAUCCCCAACAAUGUGAAGUCCACUGUUUGUGACAUCCCUCCCACAGGCUUGAAGAUGGCUUCCACUUUCAUUGGCAACUCCACAUCUAUCCAAGAGAUGUUUAGAAGGGUUAGUGAGCAGUUCACUGCUAUGUUCCGCAGGAAAGCUUUCUUGCAUUGGUAUACUGGAGAGGGUAUGGAUGAGAUGGAGUUCACUGAGGCUGAGAGUAACAUGAACGAUUUGGUGUCUGAAUACCAGCAAUAUCAGGAUGCUACUGCAGAUGAUGAAGGAGAAUAUGCAGAGGAAGAGGACUAUGGAGAAGAGGCCUAGAGGCAAUGUUCUCUUGAUUUGCUUAUAUGGGGAAGGAUCGUGGAAUUUACAUUUGUUAUGCCCAUUUUUGUUAUUGCUUUUUAAGUUUGACUAUAUGUGGGGUUAUAUUUUGGGGUUAUAUUUCUGCAGUAUUGCAUUGCUUGUUACCUUUUAUGUUGUAUCCACCAUUAGCAUCUCGCUCUUCGUUUUAUAUUAAAGAUAUUUUGUCAGGUUCUAUUACCUGUUUGCUGGUA